UUGUCUGGAUUAAGGCGUAGAGUGAGGAGAGAGAUGGAGAAAUUGGAAGAAGUGAAAAGAAAAGGAGAAGUAUUGCUUCUUCAACUACCAAUGGUCUUAACCCCUUACGAAAAAGAACUCUCCCAGAGAUUUCAACUCCUAAAAGCUUGGGAUUUCCCUAUUCCAACCACUCAAUUCCUUUCUACUCACGCCACUUCAAUCCAAGCUAUUUUGAUCUCUGCAUCCAUUCCCCUCACCGCCGAAAUCCUCCGCCUCCUCCCAUCUCUCCGCAUAGUCGUCACCACCAGCACGGGUGUCAAUCACAUCGAUCUGCUCGAGUGUCACCGCCGGGGAAUAGCCGUCGCCAACGCCGGCUCAGUCCUCUCGGAGGAUGUGGCCGACGGUGCAGUAGGGCUCCUGAUUGAUGUCAUGAGAAAGAUAACUGCCUCUGGUCGGUACAUUCGUUCUGGACUUUGGCCCACCAAAGGAGAUUACCCUCUUGGAUCAAAGAUUUCUGGAAAGCAUGUUGGCAUAAUUGGUUUGGGUAACAUUGGCAUGGAAAUAGCCAAGAGACUGCAUGCUUUUGGUUGCAUAAUCUCAUACAACUCAAGGAAGAAGAAACCUUUAGUUGACUAUACAUUUUAUCCCAAUGUUCUUGAAUUGGCAGCUAACUGUAGUAUCCUGGUUAUUUGUUGUGGUCUGACUGAUAAAACACAUCAUAUGAUCAACAAAGAAGUGUUAUCAGCACUGGGAAAAGAUGGAGUGAUUGUGAAUAUAGCAAGAGGAGCUAUCAUUGAUGAGAAAGAGCUUGUUCAUGCCUUGAUUCAUGGAGAUAUUGCAGGUGCAGGUUUGGAUGUGUUUGAAAAAGAGCCUUUGGUUCCUAAAGAAUUAUUUGAAAUGGAUAAUGUAGUGCUUCAACCACAUCAUACUGCCUGCACUGAGGAAGCUUUUCUGGAUUUAUAUGAACACGCGUGUAAGAACUUGGAAGCUUUCUUUGCAAAUAAACCUUUACCUGCUCCAGUUGGGGAUGAAUGGGUGAAUGAUGGUUGAUAGAACUGCCAUUUUCUUAUCUAGGUUUUCAGUUAAAACUGAAUUUAAUUAAAAGCUUUCUGCUGGUUACUAAUAAAUAUUGAGUUUCAUUUAAAUAAAAGGGUUGAAAUUUUGGACGCGAAACUUGUUUUUUAUUUCAAAGCGCUCUAAGUUUAGUUGUUUGUGUCAUUCACUCUUGUUUAAGGUCGGGUUGUUUUUCUGUUUGAAUAUGAUUAUUUACCUUUCAGGUCUUUUAUGGUUUUUUCUGUUUGAAUAUGAUUAUUUACCUUUCAGGUCUUUUUAUUUAAUAAUAUUAUGUCGUUUUUCAA